UUUUCUUUUUUUUGCCAGCAGAAAUAUCCUGGGAGUAGAGGUGGGAGGUGAAAGUGUAAAGCAACUCGUAGAAAGUGGGUUUCUGAAUUAGGGAGCGUCUCAAAACCAAGUUUGAGCCUCGGCGAGGGCGCUGGGAAGUCGGAAGGCUUCGGUGGUGGUUAGGUUAAAGCUUUGAAACGAGGAAUUGUGAGAGGAGAAUUGCUUGGAAGAUGUUAGGACAUUGUUUUGAAAAUAAGCGUUUAACAGUGAGAAGAGAAAUGGAGCGUGAUUAUAAUCUCUGAGUGCUCCAGUUUGAGUAGUUCACUUUUUACUGUGGCUGGGCUGACAUAAUACUGUCAUUCUAGGAGUGUGUUGCAAAAGCGUUUGUUUAACAUGCCUUUUGAUUGCAAGACUGCUGAAAUGCUCUGAGGGCUGCGCCUCCUCUCCUAACCAUGAACAGUUCAAAAUCGCCAGGGCUGGCUGGAUUUGGAGUCUUGAGAAACACAACCUGCCACACGGAGAAAAAAAUUUCCGUCUUCUUUUCGAUAAUCUUCAUGACGGUGGGAAUUCUGUCCAACAGCCUUGCCAUAGCAAUUCUCCUGAAGGCAUACCAGAGGUUUAGACAGAAAUCAAAAGCCUCCUUUUUGCUUCUUGCCAGCGGCUUGGUCGUCACGGAUCUCUUCGGCCACCUCAUCAACGGAGCCAUCGCAGUGUUUGUGUACGCGUCGGACAAAGACUGGAUUCGGUUUAACCAGUACAACAUCCUUUGCAGUGUUUUUGGCAUCUGCAUGGUUUUCUUUGGUCUGUGCCCUCUCUUCCUGGGCAGCGUGAUGGCUGUUGAACGGUGCAUUGGAGUCACCAAGCCAAUAUUUCACUCUACCAAAAUGACUUCUAGACAUGUGAAAAUGAUGUUGACUAUGGUAUGUCUGUUUGCUGUUCUUAUAGCUUUGCUGCCUAUUCUUAGGUUUAGAGCCUACCAAAUUCAAGCAUCGAGGACCUGGUGCUUCUAUAAAACAGAACAUGUUGAGGACUGGGAAGACAGAUUUUAUCUCUUACUUUUUUCUUGCCUUGGGUUACUGGCCCUUGCUAUUUCAUUCUUGUGCAAUGCUGUCACAGGAAUUACCCUCUUAAGGGUCAAAUUUAAAAGUCAACAAAGACAAGGCAGAUCUCAUCAUUUUGAAAUGAUCAUUCAGCUCUUGGCUAUAAUGUGUGUUUCUUGCAUUUGCUGGAGUCCAUUCCUGGUGACCAUGGCCCGGAUCGGGAUCAGCGAGAGCCGUUCCAAGGAGACGUGCGAGACGAUCCUUUUCGCUCUCCGGAUGGCCACGUGGAACCAGAUCUUGGACCCCUGGGUGUACAUCCUGCUCCGCAAGGCCGUGCUGAGGAACCUGUACAGGAUCACGAGGGGCUGCUGCGGCGUGCACAUCGUGAACCUGCACGUGUGGGAGCUCAGCUCCAUCAAGAACUCCCUGAAGGUGGCAGCGAUAUCCGAGUCACCGAGUUCCAAACAGGUAAACCUGCAGCCCCUCAGCUCGAUGGGACAGUGA